UGGAAAAGAAGGCGCUUCCGUCUCCGGUGUCAUGGCGGCGUCCUCCUCUGAAGGCGUGCCGGAGACCCAGGACGGGAAAAGACGGCAGUUCGGGAACCGGUUCCUGAGCGACCCGGCGCGCGUCUUCCACUACAAUGCCUGGGAUAAUGUGGAGUGGUCAGAGGAGCAAGCCGCGGCGGCGGAGAGGAAAGUGCAGGAGAACAGUUCCCAGCGGGUGAGCCCGGAGAAGCAAGUUGAUUAUGAAGUCAAUGCCCAUAGAUACUGGAAUGACUUCUACAAAAUUCAUGAAAAUGGAUUUUUCAAGGAUAGACACUGGCUUUUUACUGAAUUCCCUGAACUGGCACCUAGCCACAAUCACCUGACGGGUUUACCCUUGGAGAGGCAGAAGAGUGAGGUCUCUAAAUGCGGAAGCAGCGAGGAUGGGCCUGGCUUGACAACAGAGCAGCACAGGCAUUCUCAGCCACCUCCUGUGGAAGAGACUGUAAUUCAGAAGCUCGGGCACCUAGAAAUGUGUGCUGAUGAAUUUCCUGGAUCCUCAGCCACCUACCGAAUACUUGAGGUUGGUUGUGGUGUAGGAAAUACAGUCUUUCCAAUUUUACAAACUAACAAUAACCCAAACCUCUUUGUGUACUGCUGUGAUUUUUCUGCCACUGCUGUUGAACUGGUCAAGACAAAUCCAGAGUAUGAUCCUUCUCGAUGUUUCGCCUUUGUUCAUGAUCUGUGUGAUGAAGACCAAAGUUACCCAGUGCCCAAGGACAGUCUUGAUGUCAUCGUCCUUAUAUUUGUUCUUUCAGCAAUUGUUCCAGGCAAGAUGCAGAAAGCUAUCAGCAGGUUAAGCAGACUCCUGAAGCCUGGAGGGGUGGUGCUGCUUCGAGACUACGGCCGCUAUGACAUGGCUCAGCUUCGGUUUAAAAAAGGUCAGUGUCUCUCUGGGAAUUUCUAUGUGAGGGGUGAUGGCACCAGAGUCUACUUCUUCACACAAGAUGAGCUGCAUGCGCUCUUCACUGCUGCGGGUCUGGAAAAGGUGCAGAACCUGGUGGAUCGCCGCUUGCAGGUGAACCGAGGCAAACAGCUGACCAUGUACCGAGUCUGGAUUCAGUGCAAAUACAGCAAGCCUCUCCUGCCCAGUGCCAACAGAGAAGUGUCCACGCCUCACACAUGAGGUCAUCAUGUUUCAGGGCUUUUGUAAAGAAACGUCUGUAAGUGGCAGCUUGUUGAUGGUGGACAGUCUGGGAAUCCAAGGAGCUCAGACCUUAAACCAGGAACAAUUACUUUCUAUUAACAUUAACAAUUGUGGUUUUUAAUUGUGAAACCCAUUAAUACAUACUUUCUCAAGUUCA